AUGCGCCACCACGCGCAAUCUGCGCGUUACGGAACGCGGGUUUCCGCGCGUCGCCGGAGAUCCGGCGGGGGACGUCAGAACGGCGCAGCGGAAGAAGAGGAAGAAGGAGAUGAAGAAGAUGAAGAAGAAGAAGAAGGACGACCGGGGCGGAGACGGAAGUUCCGGCGCCCGAGCGCGGGAAGACGUGACGUCGCGAGAAAAGAAGCAGGACCAAAAUUUGUGUAUAAACGUGAUACAAUGUUGUGACGUUUCAGGAGCAAGGUAGCGGCAGCGCUGCUCAACAAGCACCUGCAAAUAAACGGCAUCACCGCCGGCCUCACGUCCAUGCAGCAGCCCUUCGACGGCAGCGCCAGCCUGUCGACCUCGGAGGCGGAGCCCAUCGCCACCAGCAGCAAGAUGAGGCGCGAGCGCAAGGCGGCCAGGACCCUGGGCAUCAUCAUGUCUGCCUUCCUUGCCUGCUGGCUGCCGUUCUUCCUCUGGUACAUCAUCACGUCGCUGUGCGGCGCGGACCGCUGCCACACGCCGCCCGUCGUCGUGGCGACGGUCUUCUGGAUCGGCUACUUCAACUCCGCGCUCAACCCGCUCAUCUACGCCUACUUCAACCGCGAGUUCCGCGUCGCCUUCAAGAAGACGCUGCAGUCGUGCUGCGCGGCGGCCGCGUGCCGGCGGUGGGCGGUGGCGGGGGGCGGGGGCUCCGGAGGCGGCGGGGGCGGCGGUGGGGGCGGGCGCCGCGACCCCAACAACAGCAACGCGUCCUCCGACAUCCACCUGGGCGGCGGGCAGCUGGUGCGGGGGCUGAGCGCCUCAGCGAGCGGCGGGCUGGCGGGCAACGUGAGCGAGGUGGAGACGGUGGGCCAGUCGGAGGCCGUCAUCUGA